AUCUAUUUGGACUAUACGUGAAGUAUGCCUUGUUUAUUUUGUUUAUGAUUUGAAAAGCAUGAUUUGGAUUAGAAUGGUUGAGGGAUGUUUAGUUAAUGUUGGGUUAAUGAUUUAUGACCUGUUUAUGGUUGUUUUCAUUGGAAUUGAUACUGUCUCAUGGACAAAAAUGGAGCUGGUGCAAGUCUGGUGUUCGCCGUGACAAACGGUGAACACCAAGUGCCUACACCAAUGGACAAGCUCACAACCGACGAAAAGAAAAAACACUCUUUGAAUGCCAAAGCAUUAAAUGUGUUGUUUUGUGCAUUGGGUCAAGAUGAGUUUGCUAGGGUGAGCUCUUGCAAAUCCGCAAAGGAAGCAUGGAAGCUCCUAGAAGCCACCCAUGAAGGAGAUAAAGACACAAAAGCUACCAAGAUAGCUUUAGGAACAUCCGAGUAUGAAAACUUCAAGAUGAAGGUCGGAGAAUCUAUUCAAGAUAUGAACAAACGAUUCAACCUCAUUGUCAACAAUUUGAGUCAUAUCAAACCGGAGUGCCCAAAGCUCAAAAAGAAGGAAGAGCUUAAAAAGGGGAAGAAGAAGGCAUUGAAGGUCACUUGGGAUGAUUUAAACUCGGAUGAAAGUGAUAGUGAUCAAAGCCAAGAAGAAAACGUGAAUGCUUGCUUCAUGGCUUCAAACGAUGAGGAAGAGGAAGCAUGGAAGCUCCUAGAAGCCACCCAUGAAGGAGAUAAAGACACCAAAGCUACCAAGAUAGUUUUAAGAACAUCCGAAUAUGAAAACUUCAAAAUGAAGGCCGGAGAAUCCAUUCAAGAUAUGAACAAACAUUUCAACCUCAUUGUCAACAAUUUGAGUAAGCUAAAUAAAGUUUAUCCUACUAGUGAUAUUAACACUAAGAUUAUAUUUUCUCUUCCUAGAGAAUGGCAUAGUCUUGUUGUUAAUUUGUUGCCCAAAUAUGCGGAUGUUGAAACCUCCACCAUUUGGAGCAGCCUAUACUCUCACAAGCUUCUCUUAAAGAAAAUGAAGGAAGAAGAACAUGUUCCCAUUGUAAAGAAGACCAUGGCACUCAAGGUUGAUGACCGCUCGGAAAGCGAAGGAGAGAGUGACGAGAAACUCGCCAUGUUCAAGAGAUACAAAAAGUUCAUUAAACGGAACAAGGGCGAAUCCUCAAAGAAAUUUCCACCAAAGAAAGGUAAAUCAAAUCAAGUAACUUGCUAUGAAUGUGGAAAUAUAGGGCAUAUCAAGCCGGAAUGUCCAAAGCUCAAAAAGAAGGAGGAGCUUAGAAAGGGGAAGAAGAAAGCAUUAAAGGUCACUUGGGAUGAAGAAGAGGACAAGCUCGUCAGGAUUUAUGAGUGUACUCUCCUCUACCUUCUCCUCACUCACAAGAAAAUCAAUCUCCCAUCCAUCAUCAUCCAACACAUGUACGAAAGCUCGGGUCGCCAAAACAGACCUUACGGAAUGCUCCUCACCCAUAUCUUUGCCAAACGAGGCAUUCUUGAGGUGCGCCCGUCCCGAAUCCGCUUUCUUGACGCAGAGUGCCUUGGAUAUUGUGGCCUAGUGAAUAUCGGAGAUGAUUACUACAUGAAGAGGGAGUUCCAAAAGCUUGACACGGAAACCCAAGCGGAAUAUGGCCCUCGGCGUUCCAUGUCAUCCUUGCCUUCAACUUCUAAAGCACUCGAAGCCGAAGCCAAUGCCAACACGGAGGUCCCCGUUCGUGCUCCUCGGGUCAAAUGAUCAAAAUCGGCGUCUCAUGCUUCCUCAGCCUCUCUCUUGCAUCGUCACUCCCACAUGGCCUCCACUUCCAAAAAUCUAUUCAAAAAGUUCAAGAAAUUCAUUCUCAAGACGGUGGUGGCCCCGAUGAGGAAACUUCAAGAGAGUCUCGAUGACCUCUCAGAUCGCAUGAAGAAGAUGGAGGACCGUGAGGCUCUUUGAAAGCAAGAAAAGGAUCGUCCUUCU